AUGUCAAGUUCGAAAAUAUUUUCGGGGGAUUUACCUGAACUAAUAUAUGAAAUCAUCGAACAUUUUCAGAAUGAUUAUUUAACCUUACAUUCAUGUAUUUUAGUUAAUAAACUAUGGUGUCGUUUAGCAAUUCCAUUAUUAUGGGAAAAUCCAUUUUCAAUCACUACUGGAAAUUACAAUUUUAUUAAAGUUUACUUAUAUAAUUUGAAUAAAUAUUUAAAAGCAACAUUAAGUAAAUACCAAAUUAUUGAUUCUUUGUUAACUUCAAAUACACUUUUCAAUUAUCCUAGUUUUAUAAGAUAUUUAAACAUAAAUAAAAUUAAUACUUCUAUUAAUAUGUGGUUAAAAGCUAAUGAUAUAACCUUAAAUAUAGAUUUAGUAUUUGAAUUUAAAAAUUUUAUUAAUAUGUCAUUAAUUAAAUUAUUUAUUGAAAAUGAAGUAAAUUUACAUACCCUUGAUCUUGAGGCCUCCAACACAAAUUAUGUUACAUAUAUUGAACAUGUUCUUGAGAUAAUUUUACAAAAUCCAAAUUUCAUUAGUAAUAAUAUUAGAAAUUUAAAAUUUUCUAUUUCAAGUUCUGGUUCUAAGAUUUUAAAUCGUGUAACACAAAUAAUUAAUUCAAACCAAAAUCUCAAAAAAAUAUCCUUCAUUUAUAAUACCAAUACCUUUCUUUUAUAUCAAUCAUUAUUAUUAUCGAAAGAAUCUAAUUGUUCGAAUACCUUGAAUACAAUCGUUUUCUAUUAUAUCAAUUUUAAUCGUAUAAAUAAUUUAGAUAAAAUAUUUGAACAAUUAAAUGUUUUAGAAUCUGUUCAUAUUUUUUUUUGUUAUUCUUUAAAUAGUUUUAUUCAAAAAAUUAUUAAUUUACCUAAACCAUUUAAAUUAAAAUCUUUAUUUACAAAUGAGAAAUUACGAAUUGAAUUAUUACCAUUAUUGUUACAAAAAUCUGGUGAUUAUUUAGAGAAUUUUGAAUGUGAACUUAAUUAUGAUGAACAAAGAUUAUUAGAAUUAAUUACAAAAUAUUGUAAAAAUAUCAAAUUUCUUGAUAUAUAUGGAUUUGAAAAUCAUUUUACUUCUCUAAUAUUCAAUUUAAUUGAAAAUAUUAAACAAAAUCUUAAUUAUCUUUCGAUCGGUGUAGAUUAUCAAAAUGGUAAUAUCGAAUCUAAUUCAAUAUUAUUACAAAAUUUAGGACAAAUCCUUCCUCCUAAAUUAGAAUAUUUAAAUUUAGUUCUCUACUUUAAAGUAAAUGAUUUUAAAAUUUUCUUAAGAAAUUCUCAAGGAACUUUUAUUAAGAAAUUGUUAAUAAAUCAAAAAGGUAGUGAUGAUAUUUUACAUUGUAUAAAGGAAUUUAUUAUGAAGGAAAAAAGAGUCAAAUAUUUGGCUAUAAGGAAUUCUAAUAAUGGUGAAUUAUGUCGUUUUGAAAAUGAAGCAAAGGAAUUUGAGUUAUAUAAUAUUAAACUACAAUAUUAUUAUGCCAUAUUUAUUUAUUCUUAUAAUUAUAUGAAGGAACUUUAUUAA